CCAGAGCGCGAUCGGAGGCGCCACAUCACAGCUGGGACAGCAGACGCGCGGAGUGAUUCGCGGAGUCGGCGGAGGACCCGCCGGUCGCGGAUUGUACUCUUGGGAGGAGUACGGUGCUGAGAGGGGCUCGGAAGGGUUGGGUUGCUGGCUCUCUCGGAUCUUUUGGGUACUGGACUACAUUUUCCAGAAGCCUGCGGGUGUAACGUCACUUCCUACUAGGUUGCACGUCACUUUCUACUAGGGUGUCGGCGCUGUUAAUGCUGGAACGAGUUGAGCCGCACAGCGGCUGAGGGAGCGCGGACUGUUGAUCUGGACCCGGACCGCUGGGACCCGGCAGGACGCCGGAGAAGCAGAAGGUGACCAGAGAACAAGGGAAGAGUAGCUGUUGGACAACUAAGAGUUUUAUCCAAGGGAUCGAACCCGUGUCCCCUGCAGUGGAAGCACAGAGUCUGAGCCACUUGGACCUCCAGGGAAGUACCACCAAAUUUUUUAAAUGAGCAAAGAAUUGGAAUACACAUUUCUCCAAAGAAAAUAUACAAAUGACAAAUAAGCACAUAAAGAUGUUCAACAUCAUUGGGGAAAUGCAAAUCAAAAUCACGACAUACCACUUCAAACCCACUAGAAUGAAUUUAAUCCAAAAGAUGGCGAAGAUGUGGAAAAAAUGGAACUUUGAUAUAUUGGUGGAACUGUAAGAUGAUGCAGCUGCUUUGAAAAAGAGUUGGCAGUUCCUCAGAAAGGUAAGCAUGGGCCUUCCCUGGUGGCGCAGUGGCUGAGAGUCUGCCUGCCAAUGCAUGGGACACGGAUUCGAGCCCUGGUCUGGGAAGAUCCCACAUGCCGCGGAGCAACUAGGCCCAUGAGCCACAACUACUGAGCCUGCACGUCUGGAGCCCGUGCUCCGCCACAAGAGAGGCUGCGAUAGUGAGAGGCCCGCGCACCGCGAUGAAGAGUGGCCCCCGCUCGCCACAACUAGAGAAAGCCCUCGCACAGAAACGAAGACCCAACGCAGACAUAAAUAAAUAAAUAAAUAAACUUUAAAAAAAAAAAAAAGGACUCAGCACUUCUCCAUGAGAAGAAGCCAGAGGAGGACUAAUAAUUUGCCCUUCUAAGCCAUGCCCCAUAGGUUGGUGUUGUUCAAAGAUGUAGCCAUAGACUUCUCACAGGAAGAGUGGGAGUGCCUGGAAUUGGAACAGAGGGAUUUGUACAGAGACGUGAUGUUGGAGAACUACAGCAACCUGGUCUCACUGGGAUUUUCCAUUUCUAAGCCAGAUGUGCUCUCCUUAUUGGAGCAAGGGAAGGACCCUUGGAAGGUUGUACGGGAUGUGACAAGAGGUCUGAGCCCAGACUGGGAAUCCAGGUGUGAAAACAAGAAGCUAUCAUCAAAAAGAGAAAUUUAUGAACUAGAAGCAUCUCAGUGGGAGAUAAUAGAACAACUUACAAGCCGUAAGUGUGAGUGCAAAAGUUUUCAAGAUGAUAAGGAUUGCAGAGACCAGUUUGAAAGCCAUUUAGGAAAUAAAGAGGGACUUUUUAGGCAACUAGUAGUUUAUGAAGAAAUGCCUAACUUUAGUCAAACCACAUCCGUUACGUUACAACAGAGAAUUCAUUCUACUGAGAAAUUCUGUGAAUGUAAAGCAUGCAGAAAAUAUUUUAUCCUUGGCUUUCAACAGACUGAACAUCAGAAAAAUCAUUCUGAUGAAAAAUUCUAUGAAUGUAAAGAAUGUGGAAAGGCCUUUAUUCAGGACUCACAACUUACUUACCAUCAGAGAGUUCAUGUUGCUAAGAAACCCUAUGAAUGUAAGGAAUGUAGAAAAGCUUUUAUCUGUGCCUCGAAACUUAUUUAUCAUCAAAGAAUUCAUACUGGAGAGAAACCUUAUGAAUGUAAAGAGUGUGGGAAGGCCUUUAUUCGUAGCUCUCAUCUUACUCAGCAUCAAAGAAUUCAUACUGGUGAAAGACCCUAUGAAUGUAAUGCAUGUGGGAAGGCGUUUUUUCGUGGCUCACAACUUACUUACCAUCAGAGAGUUCAUACUGCAGAGAAACCCUAUCGAUGUAAGGAAUGUGGAAAGGCCUUUAUUCGUGGCUCUCAACUUACUGAACAUCAGAGAAUUCAUACUGGUGAGAAACCCUAUGAAUGUAAGAAAUGUGGGAAAGCCUUUAGUUAUGGUUCACAGCUUACUCUACAUUAUAGACUCCAUACUGGUGAAAAGCCUUAUAAAUGUAAAGAUUGUGAGAUGUCCUUUAUUCGUGGCUCACAACUUACUGAACAUCAGAGGAUUCAUACAGGUAAGAAACCACACGAAUGUAAGGAGUGCGGAAAGGCCUUUAACUAUGGCUCACAGCUUAUUCGACAUCAGAGAAUUCAUACUGGCGAGAAACCAUAUGAAUGUCAAGAAUGUGGGAAAUCAUUUAUUCGUGGCUCACAACUUACUGAACAUCAAAAAAUUCACACUGGUGAAAAACCCUUUGAAUGUAAGGAAUGUGGGAAAGCCUUUAUUCGUGGCUCACAUCUUACUCAGCAUCAGAGAAUUCAUACUGGUGAAAAACCCUAUGAAUGUAAAGAGUGUGGAAAGGCCUUUAUUUAUGGCUCACAACUGUCUCAACAUCAGAAAAUUCAUACAGGUGAGAAUCCCUAUGAAUGUAAGCAGUGUGGGAAGAUCUUCAUUUGUGCUUCACAACUUAAUCUACAUCAGAUUUUUCAUACUGGUAGGAAACCAUAUGAAUGUAAGGAAUGUGGUAAGACUUUUAUUCGUAGCUCACAGCUAACUUACCAUCAGAGAGUUCAUACUGGUGAGAAGCCCUAUGAGUGUAAUGAAUGUGGGAAGGCCUUUAUUCGUGGUUCACAUCUGACUCAGCAUCAGAGAAUUCAUACUGGUGAGAAACCAUACAAAUGUAACGAAUGUGGAAGGGCCUUUAAUCGUGGAUCACAACUUACUCAACAUCAGAGAAUUCAUUCUGGCGAGAAGCCUUAUAAAUGUAAUGCAUGUGGUAAGAACUUUAGACGUCAUUCACACCUUACUCAACAUCAGAAACUUCAUAAUGGAGAAAAACUGUGUCAUUCUACUGAGAAACCCUAUAAAUGUAAGGAAUGUGGGAAGGCUUUUAGACGAGCCUCACACCUAACUCAACAUCAGAGUAUUCAUACUGGUGAAAAACCCUAUGAAUGUAAGCAAUGUGGGAAGGCCUUUAGUCGUGAUUCACAACUCAGUCUUCAUCAGAGACUUCAUACUGGUGAGAAACCCUAUGCAUGCAAGGAAUGUGGGAAAGCCUUUACUCAGAGCUCACAACUUAUUUUACAUCAUAGGAUUCAUACUGGUGAAAAACCAUAUAAAUGUGAAGAAUGUGGGAAAGCCUUUAUUCGAAGCUCACAACUCACCCGACAUCAAAAAGUCCAUACUGGGGAGAAACCUUAUGAAUGUAAAGAAUGUGGGAAGGCCUUUACUCAGAACUCACAACUUACUCUGCACCAGAGACUUCAUACUGGUGAGAAACUCUAUGAAUGUAAAGAAUGUAGAAAGGUCUUUACGCAGCUCUCACAACUUAUUCUUCAUAAGAGAAUUCAUACCGGUGAAAAACCCUAUGAAUGUAAGGAAUGUGGCAAAGCUUUUAUUUGUGGCUCACAGCUUUCUCAACAUCAGAAAAUUCAUAAUGGGGAAAAGCCAUACGAAUGUCAGGAAUGUGGAAAGGCUUUUAUUCGCGGCUCAUUACUUAUGCAACAUCAGAGGAUUCAUACUGGUGAAAAACCCUAUAAAUGUGAAGAAUGUGGGAAGGCCUUUAUCCGUGGCUCACAACUUACUCAACACCAGAGAAUUCAUACCAAUGAGAAGCCCUAUGAAUGUAAGGAAUGUGGAAAGACCUUUAGUCAUGGCUCACAACUUACUCAACAUCAGAGAAUUCAUACUGGUGAGAAACCCUAUCAGUGUAAGGAAUGUGGAAAGGCCUUUAAUCGUGGCUCCCUCCUUACUCGACAUCAAAGGAUUCAUACUGGUGAAAAACCCUAUGAGUGUAAAGAAUGUGGAAAGACCUUUAGUCGUGGCUCAGAACUUACUCAACAUGAGAGAAUUCACACUGGUGAGAAACCCUAUGAGUGUAAGGAAUGUGGGAAGUCUUUUAUUCGUGGCUCACAGCUUACUCAACAUCAGAGAAUUCAUACUGGUGAGAAACCCUAUGAAUGUAAAGAAUGCAGAAUGGCCUUUACACAGAGUUCACAUCUUUCUCAACAUCAGAGACUUCAUACUGGUGAGAAACCCUACAUAUGUAAUGAAUGUGGGAAGGCCUUUGCUCGUGGCUUACUACUUAUACAGCAUCAGAGAAUUCAUACAGGUGAGAAACCAUAUCAGUGUAAGGAAUGUGGGAAGGCCUUUAUUCGUGGUUCACAACUUACUCAACAUCAGCGAAUUCACACUGGAGAAAAACCCUAUGAAUGCAAGGAAUGUGGGAAGGCCUUUAGUCACGGUUCUCAACUUACUCUACAUCAGAGAAUCCAUACUGGUGAGAAACCCUAUGAAUGCAAAGAGUGUAGAAAAGCCUUUACUCAGAGCUCACAUCUUUCUCGACAUCAGAGAGUUCAUACUGGUGAGAAACCAUAUCAGUGUAAGGAAUGUGGGAAGGCCUUUACUCGUGGUUCACAACUAACUCAACAUCAAAGGGUUCAUAUCAGUGAGAAAUCUUUUGAAUAUAAGGAAUGUGAAAUAGACUUCAGUCAUGGCUCACAAGUUUAUAUAUGAAUUAUCUGAUGCUUGUGACUAAUAUAGAGAGCCUUCUCUGGUCAUUAAUUCAUUAUCAUCAAAGAAUUCUUAAAAUGUGAAUAUUCAAACACAUUUGCUUCAUAAAGUUCAGCAUCAGUGAAUUUGUAUGGGGGAAAGAUAAUGAUAAUGUAAUCCAUAUAGAAAAACCUACUAAACUUUAGCAAAUUAUAAUAGAGAAUAAUUCUGUUAAUGUAAAUAUAGGAAGACUUUUAGCCAUAGCAUAUGUCUUUUUCAACAUUAUCUUGACUCAGUUGAUUUCCUUUGUGACAUUUAACAUGAUAACUAACCACUGCUUUGGUUUAAUCAAUUAUCAGAUAGACCUAAGACUAAUUCCUUGUAAGAUUCUUGGAAGUAUUAUGUAAGUUAUUACAUAAUAAAGUUCUUAGGACAGUGCCUUCAACAUAGCAUAUCACAGAUAUAAGCUAUCAUUAUGACUCAUGUUAUUUUAGAGAAUUUGCAUGAGAGGAGGACAUUUAUUAGUAUAAUGAAUGUUGAGAAUCUUUCAUUAACAUUUAACCCUGAUUUUCUGAGUGGGGGGCACUGUAUGCUGUAAUGAAUAUGAGAAAACUUUCAUUCACAUCUCAUCCCAUAUGGUGUACGAGGAAAUUCGUAGUGUAAAAAAAAAACCCUGUACACUUAAUCAGUGGAUUGUUGAAGAGGUGUGAAGUGAAUUGUAACAAAGUCCAAAAGCUCAUAUUUUCUACCAUCUCUGACCACAGUUCAAGAAUGUUACUUAGAAAUGAAAAAAAUUGGAUAGCCAAAAUAAAUCUUUAUACUAGGAAAUUUUUAAAAACUUGAAUGCACAGCUUUUGAAUUAAACUAAAAAACUGACAUUAUAGACUAUUUUGCAAUGAAAACUGAUAAGAAUCUGUGUCAGAGACUGCUAUUUCCCUACCCGAUAUUCAUUUUCCCUUCUUCAGUAAUAGAAUUCUUGGCUGAAAAGCUGUCUCAGCCUCCCUUGCAGAUCCACAAGAUGUAAGUGGUGUUUGUAUGAAUAGGACAUUUAAGAAAUCCUUAUUUUCUCUCUGCACUUUUUUGUUUCCCUGCCUACAAUGUGGAUAUUUAAUCUGCACCUCUGGCAAUUUUAUGGGGACUUUGAGAAUGGUAUCUGGGUAUUAAGGAUGUUGGAGCAGAAAUACAGAACAUGUCUACACCUAUGCUGAUUUUAUGAAACAGCCAUACAAAUUCGGGUCUGCCUGCCUUCUGUAUUUCUUUAUAUAAAAUUAAACUUCUUAUUUGUUGA